AUGAAGGACUCCAGUAACGGAUCAUUUGUCUGUCCAAAUGAUCGACAAUUACAACUUCGGGCAAAACUCAAUUCUGGAUGGUCAUUUCAUACGGGUCGGCCGACAACUCGUAGUGCUAGUGCAGCUCCUUCGAGUCGAUUUGGAAGUGCAGCGGCGGCGGCGACGAAUGCUGUUGCAAGUAAUAAUAAUUCGCUACGUGAUGAAGAAAUGGAAAGAAUUAAAAAAGUGCUUGAACGAGCUCAACGAAUCGAACUUAUCGAACAAGAACGAGUCGGAAGACUUUACGAUCGUCUAGAUAAUAUGAAAAAACAUGCAACGGGCAACGGUUCGACACAAUGUGUUCUCUGUGCAGACGGUUUUGGCAUGUUAGGAGUAUCAUCGACUUUUUGUGUUGAUUGCCAUAAAGCUGUGUGCAAUAAAUGUUCGAUUGAAACUGUUCAUAAUCAACAAAUCAUAUCAUUGUGUAAACUUUGUAGUGAAAAUCGUGAAUUAUGGAAAAAAACAGGUGCUUGGUUUUUCCGUGCCUUGCCCACGCGUUCAGCAAUUCCUGUCACUAUAAAACCGUCCUCGUCAGCGAUAUCAUCAGUCACGACAAAAAGUGAUAGUAUAUCGAUUGAAGAUGAUUCAAAUUCAGACGAUCGACAAAGUGUAGGAAGUCGAUUUAAUCGUCAACCUUCUCCAAGUACAGCAACAGUAAAUAAUCAUUAUACAACUGUAGAUUCUUAUCCGCAAAAUUAUGAUAACCAACGUGCAAUGGCUGAACACGAUCGGGAUGAGAGUAUCGAUUCUUUCAAAACUGAUGAUCGAAGUUUGAAAGAUGUUUCGAUCGAUGAAUAUGUUCCAAAAUCUCAAUUGCGUACACAAUCUCAAUUAUCACAACCAGUUGUAUCGACAUCAUCCUCAUCUUCAUCACCGAUCCCAUCAAAUACAUCUAAUAAUACAUCAUCAACUCCGCCACCGACACAGACAGCACCUACAACUCUACUUCAGCCGUCACCAUCACCAGUACCAAUAACCCCAACUUUAUCUAACAUUCGUCCUCUAUCAUCCAUUGUCAUCAAUACGCCAUCAGUUGCAGAUGAUUGUGGUACAACUCGACAAUUUGCUUCAUACUUUCAGAGUUCUCGUUGGUUUUUUUCUCUUGUAGGCCUAGGUCUACUCGAUUUUGAUAUUAUUUGGAGAGAAGCUUUCAAUAUCCUAACGAUUAACUUAGUUCGAGCCCGAAGUUUACGAGCAGCGGACUCUAACGGACUCUCCGAUCCUUACGUCAAAUUACAUCUCGUACCAGGUGUUGCAAAAGCAACUAAAUUGCGUAGUCACACUAUCCGUCGAACGUUGAAUCCCGACUUCGACGAAACGCUCGUUUAUCAUGGCAUAUCAGCGGAGGACAUAAAAGUCAAAACUCUUAAAUUCACCGUGUUAGAUGAAGAUUCAGUCGGUGCAGAUUUUCUUGGUGAAUAUCGUUUGAAACUAUCCACAAUUAAAUCCGAUGUCAAAGAAGCCUUUUCAGUCUAUCUUCAACAUAAAACUGACUUUCUGCAUGAUGAAGAUAAGAAUGAACGUGGUAAAAUUCUUCUUAGCUUAUUCUAUUCGAAAUUAACGUGUAAUUUUCACGUGAGAGUUAUCCGAGGCAUUCAACUGUUACCGAUGGAUUUCGGGCAUACAUCAGAUCCCUAUUGUAAAUUAGCUUUGUAUCCAUCGACUGAUAAUAAUUCCAAAUGGAGCUUCAAAACAACCGUUAAAAGACAUACCUUACAACCAGAAUUUAAUGAAGAAUUUGUUUUCUCUCGUGUACAAUUUCCGGAUUUAAUUAGUAAAACAUUACAGAUUACCGUUUAUGAUAAAGACGUCGGCAAAAAAGAUGAUUACAUUGGCGGUUUCGAAUUAGGUCAAUCAGCGUCAGGUGAUGAGCUCAAACAUUGGUUAUUAAUGGUUAAAUCGCCCGAACAAUGGGUGGAAAUGUGGCACAAACUAAAACCCGAACAGUAUCAUUCAACCUUACGACAACAAGAUUCUCAGACAUCUCGAUAG